AUGUGGCAGGGGGCACGUCUUGCUUUUCUGUUCGCCGCGACGAAUAUCCUCGCUCCUGGUGUCCAGGCUAUCGACACGCUCGUGGAUCUUGGAUACGCCCAGUUCCAAGGAGCCGUGACUGAUGCUCAGCUGGGAGUGACGACUUGGAAGGGCAUCCAGUUCGCCGCUCCGCCUGUUGGAGCUCUCCGGUUUGCCGCACCGGCCGACCCUGUGCAGUCCGGCUUGGUCAACGCUACCGUUCACGGUCCCAUCUGCCCUCCCCAGCAACCCACCGACUACACCGUGACGGGCAAAAGCUCCCGCUUCACCGUCGAUGAAGACUGCCUUUAUCUGAGCGUCACAGCCCCUUCCGAGGCGCAGGCCGAUUCCAAGCUUCCCGUCCUCUUCUUUCUCCAAGGUGGAGGGUUCACCUCCGACUCAAACGCAAACUGGGACGCCAGCGAGAUUGCCUCGGAUGGCAACGUUAUUGUUGUGCAGGUCAACUACCGCGUUGGCAUGUACGGGUUCUUGCAGAGUGAGGAGGUUCGCGCCGGUGGCAGUCUCAACGCUGGUGUCAGGGACAUGAUCAAGGCUCUCGAAUGGGUCCAGACCAACAUUGCAAAGUUUGGCGGUAACCCUGAGCAGGUUGUCCUCGACGGCAUCAGCGCUGGUGGCUCUGCUGUUGGUUUAUUGAUGACAGCCAACGUCGGUGGGAAGCAGCUCUUUGCCGGCGGAAUCGCUGAGUCUGGUGGCUGGGCGACGAUGCGAACGAUGGACCAGGGUCAAGGCCAGUACGACUGCCUCGCCAAGGAGAAGGGAUGCUUCGAUUCGGCCGACUCGCUGUCUUGUCUGCGUGCUAUCAACCAGUCCGCCAUCCGCUCAUCCAGUUGCUGGUUUAACCCCGGCAUUGACGGUGAGCUUUUCACCGACAGCAUGGUCAACCUCUUCCAACAGGGAAAAUACACAAAGGUUCCCACCAUAUGGGGUUCUUGCGCUCAGGAGGGCACCUUGUACUCUGCUCCGCAGUCUACCAACUCUACCGCCGAGGCAAACCAGUAUCUUCUCAAUCAAGAUCCCUCCCUAUCAAACGGGUCUCUCGACAUACUCGACACGCUAUACAUCGACGUGCCUCAGCCAGUUUUUCCCGACUCCGGAGUGAAAUGGCGCCAGGCCGCCAACGCCAUUGGCGACGUCGGCACCCACUGUGUCAUCCGCAAUAUCCAAAACUACCUUGCCCGCGACAAGGUGCCCACUUACAACUAUAAAUACGAUGUCCUGGAUCCCAAGUCCGAAGCCGAGGGUUUCGGAGCUUACCACACGGUGAAUACGUACGCCUUCUGGGGCCCUAAUCGUACCGACGGCCAGCCUCCGGCUUCGUACUUUACCAGUAACAAGCCGAUCAUCUCGCAGGUCCGCAAGUACUGGAUUUCUUUCGUCCGCAAUCUGGACCCAAACACCGAUCGCGAGGAGGGCGCUGCUGAGUGGAACAUCUUUACAGGUCCAGAUGGCCGUGAGAGACUGUUUGUGCAAACCAAUAACACCCAUAUGGAGAGAAUGAGUACCGCCCAGGCACUGCGUUGUGAUGUCGUGAGACCAUUUUCGGAUAAUUUGGGCAAACCGGUCGAAAAAGGCGUCGUCACAGAGCUGAAUGCGACUUUGGCAGCCGGCAUCAACAGCACGAGCGAGGCCACAACGUUUUAG